AUGUGCAGGUGGUUUGCAUACAUAUCUACCACGGAGCCUUGUCUUCUUGAAGACGUCCUCAUCUCGCCCGAUCACGCCAUCGCGAAGCAAGUGCACGACCGCUUCCUCCCAUACCUCACGCACUAUGAGCCGGGUACGACGCCGCAGGAAAUGACUCUGCGGAACAGCCCCUUCAAUCUAGAUGGUCUCGGGGUCGCUUGGUAUAUCCUGCGGCAGCCGACGACGGACCCCAUCUUCCAGUCGAUCUGCGCGGGGACGACGGCGCACUGCGUGUUCGCGCACAUCCGCGCGGCGUCGGGCGCGACGGCGAUCCACCAGUACAACAACCACCCGUUCACGUUCGGCCGGUUCGCGUUCAUGCACAACGGGUCCGUCGCGCACUUCGACGAGGUCAAGCGCGCGCUCGCGCUCGAGCUCUCGGACGCGGCGCACGUGCGCGUCAAGGGCACGACGGACUCGGAGCUGCUCGCCGCGCUCUUCUUCACGUACCUCCAGGCGGCGCGCGGGGAGGAGGUGUGGGAGCGCGCGCACCCGCUCGAGGAGAUGAAGGCGUGUCUGGAGCGCGCGAUACAGCGGGUGCUGACGCUGCAGGCGGAGGCGAUGGCAAGGGUCGGGAGGACGCCGGACGCGUCGAGCUUGAACGUCGCGGUCACGGACGGGGAGCAGCUGCUCGCGAUCCGGUUCAGGAACCACGCGACGGAGCACCCGCCGUCGCUGUACUUGUCGAUGCGGGCGGGCGUUGCGCUGAACAGGAAGUUCCCGGGGCAUCCGGACGUGGAGGGCGUCGACAACGGGGCGCGGAACUUGAAGGGCGCGGAGGAGCACGGGGACCAUGUCAUCGUCGCGAGCGAGCCGACGACGUUCAAGGAGGAGGACUGGGAGCUUAUCCCGAAGAACGAGUGUAUCAUGGUGGGGCGGGACAUGGUGCUGAAGCGCGCUCCCGUUGCGGUUCAGUUCUAGGCAGAGCAAAGACAUAUGACCGAUUGAUGUAUACUAGUUCGCAAUGGAUCCACACAGCAAGUACUGGCAUACAUUAGCCUACCGACGUCGCCACUGCAAA